AUGUCCGACCAUAUCGACUUGUUUCCAAAGACCGUGCAAGAAGGCUGCGAUGAAGUGGCGAACAAGCUUGGAUAUUUACCACUGGCGAUUGAUCUUGCCGGUGCGUACAUUGGUAAUAACCUUGCUCCCGAACAUGUCCCCACGCAUUAUUUGGAGGACUAUGGGAAGCAUCGCAUCUGCAAUGCGGCAAGUGCCGAAGACUCCGACACUCCGACACCUCGGAGUAUCCAAAAGAUUCUCCGAGCAAAAUUGCCGGCAGCCGGUGGAGCUCCGUCGGUCCUCGUCCAGUCGCAAUCGCGCGAUCCAUCGUCAUCUGCCUCCCAGAGGUUGGUACACGACAACAUCCAAAAGCAGACAUUGAAUCUGUUUUUCGCCAUCACCCUUGAUUAUCAAUCAGAUUCGCAAUACUCUCAUUCCGUUUUCAGACAGUCAUACGAAGAGUGA